CAUUUUUCUCUUCGUUUAACAGUCGUGGUACAGUUCCGUUGAUGAUGGAAACCGGAAAUCCCGGCGGUUCCGCAGCGGCGAAACCACAACCACAAAAAGCGUCAGCUGUUGCAUUCACUCUGGACCCCUCGUUGCGUUUGACAGCCGACCGACACAUUUGUUGGUGACCGCGAGAACCGAAGCUCUAUAACGUACGUUGAUCGCGAGUGACGGAGCGCUGAUCCGCAUAUGUUUUUUAUAUCGUACAUCUUAAUCUAGUGUGGAUAUGAUCCGUGAGAAUCAUAUUAUCUUUAUACGCGAACGCUUGUUUGAUAGAACCAUCUGUCAUUGAUCGCGAGAAUCGAGGCUUUACAACGCGCAUUGAUCGCGAGCUACGGAACGCUGAUCCGCAACUGUUUUUUUAUAUCUAGUGUGCAUGUGAUCUACUAGGAUCCUGUCUCCAUCUCAGCCAGCGUUGAGAUUAAUCGCUAGAUUGAUAGACCGAUUUAUCUGCGGUUAUGACAACCAAGUCUCCAUAACGUGCCAUUGAUCGCGCGCUAGUCCGCGGUUAUUUUUUAAAUCGUACAUGAUUAUCUAGUGUGCAUGUGACCCGAGACGAUCUUAUCUGUAUCUCAAGAGGCGCUGAGGACAAUACACGAUCGCGAUCAACGAUUACUAGAUUGAUAGACAAUGAUGAGUGAAUAAGAGCGCGUGUGAGCCAAAAAAAUGUGCAAAUGGUGCCAACAUUGCCUGGAGUCAUGCUACUGGCACCUGAUCGAAAAACGCUUCUGCUUCGACGAGAGCAUCGCCCUGUACUCGGAGCCAGUGAUUUCCGGCGACGGAAAAGAAGAAAAAAACAACAACCUUUUCGACAACAUCGCAUUCUACGACAGCGUGGCCGUGAUUGCCGGCAGGGCCGUGGUCACAAUCGACCCAUUGCCGGCCACGGACAAAAAGAAAGACCCUGUUGAAGAGGACAACGUCAUCGUACAGCAACCCAGAAGACUGACGUGGCGGGAACGGAUGAAGAACGAUAGAAACAAGAAUCAUCCACGAAACCUGCCCGCCUUAGAAGAAAAGACCGAACCAACGAGAGAAGAACCAACCAAAGCCAUUGCUCGCAUAGAAGAACUGAAGAAUGAUGAAAGAACUUUCAAAGCAAGCUCAUUAUCAAGUGCUCCUUCACCUGCAUUUACUUUGGACGUAACUACAAGUGAAGACGAGGAAGAAGAUACCAGCAGAAUUCAAACUACAAGACGCGAAAGUGUCGAUCAGGAUCCCAAAUUCAGUGCCAUGAAUAAAUCCUUCAGCUGUGGCUCAAUCUUAGACAUCUCCAAAGAUCCACCUGAUUCAAUCCCCACAGUCAAGAGCGAGAACAGCCUAUUAGACGACAUGAAAGUCGAACUGCGGAAGAAAUCCAUAAGUGAACGCCGACUUUCAAAGAGUCUGUACCUCAAGAUAGAUUUCCCAAAGGAAUUGCCCAUUAUCAGGCAAAGUUCAGUCCCUAAGUUUUACCUGGAUACCCCAGAGCAGAAUCAGACCGAAUCGAGUCUGAUCAAGACGCCAUUGACAGCAUUGCAAAGUCCGAUGAUUUGUGAUAAGGACGGGUUCUGUUUUGAUCUGAAGUCCGUCGUGCAGAUGCAGAAUUUGAAACAGCAAGUACAGCCGGAGAAUCCGAAUAAUAUACACAGAGAAUCAUCGAGGCUAACACAUAUCAAGGAAAAGAUUAAGUUGAAGAAAAGCAAAAGUACGCUUAGUGCUAAUAAUCUACCGUACACUAACCAUAUUUAAUUGUGGGGCAAGCUCAGAGCAGUUUCGUACUUUGUUCGUAAUUUUCGAUUUUUUGAAUGGGUGAAGUUGGCAAGCUAAAAUUGUGGGCGAUAAACUUGAUGCAUAUAGAUUAUAUUUUAGCGUAAAUGUGGCACAAAAAUUUCAAGAUGGCGUUUGGGCGUCAUUUUGGAUCAUUUUUUUAAGUGGAAUGGGGGUCAUGUAACACCACAUUUUAAAGAGUCUUAUGAGUACUCUAUAACUAUUGAAUUUAAGAGCACUGUCUCCCGAAAUGGCGAACUCGCAGGCAGUCAAAGUUGACCGUCUUUUGUGCAUACGAUUGCUUAUAACUCAAAAACCAAUCAUCAAAAUAAUAUAUUCUUCUUCUCUCGGAACGAUCUAUCUGAAUGUGCAA